CUCUUUCCUUUCUUCAUUUCUUUAAUCUCCAAAAAACAAAAACAAAAAUCAAAAUUAAGCCGAUAACAGUCCCACCACGCAUCACUCGCUAUGUACGGACAACCAACAUUCCCGCGCUCUUCCUCCGAGUUUCUCAGCGACUCACUGACGUCUCCCGACGUGGUGUCGUUGCCUUUAAACUUUCCGUUAAGUUCGCAGACUCAACUCACUGUAGCCAAGUCGGUGGAGUCGGUGAGCGACGUGAUUCACAGUGGCAGCAGUAGCAGCGGGAGUUUCAACUCGCCGACUUCGCUAGCGAGUUGCUGCACACAUAAACCGAGUUUCAUUAGAAGCUUCAGUAGCCAUUCCCUUCCAAAGAAUGAAUUCCACUGUCGUUUUGCCUCAAGCCUUAACGACUUCAUUGACUCUGAUUCUGCUCCGGUGAGGAGAGUUUUCAGUACCGGUGAUCUGCACCAGGUGCAGCAGAGUGGUCGGAAGGCAGAGAGUCCAUUGUCAAAUGAGAGUAGUGCAAUCAUUGAAGGAAUGAGCAGAGCCUGCCGCUACAGUCCCGAGGAAAAGAAACAGAGGAUUCAAAGAUACAGAACCAAAAGAACACUCAGGAACUUCAACAAGAAGAUUAAGUAUGCAUGUAGGAAAACAUUGGCAGACAGCAGGCCACGCAUCCGAGGAAGGUUCAUAAGAAAUACAGAAAUUGAAAAGAUUAAUCCCCAAGUUGAAUGGAGCCACAUAGCUGAUGGAGAAGAAGAUGAUGAGAUGAAUUGGAUUAGCUUUCUAGAUAUCCACUCUCACCAAUUGCUUAUUAAUCCUUAAUGUUUAUAGAUUUUUAGAUGCAAUUUGCUUGUUUUUUUUUUUCUUUAUAAUUUUAUGCAACGUUUUAAGUCACUUUGUCGGAUUUAAAAAAAAAAAAAAGGUGUUGUAAAUAUGAUUGGGUCACACAUUAUUCA